CCUUGGCUCCCGGAAUGCCACCGUACUCAAUGGCAUGCGCAUGGCGAGCGAUCCGAAGAUCUGGUACACGGGAGUGUUGUCACCAUUGGACAGACUAAGCUCUUGUGUCAUGUGCACGAGGGAAACAGCACGUGCGGACUAUGCGAGCCGGGUCUUUUGAUAGAGACGCAAGCGCCAGUGGCAGCAACAGCGUUGUCAUCAACUGCGACGGUAUUGUCUCACAAGGAGCAGCUGAAGAAGCUGCAAAAGAAGUACGGUCUGGAAAAUGAGAAAUUUGUUGAAGCUAGUGGCAAUGGACAGCAGAAACCAAACUACAAUGAUCGUGCGGCAACGCGGCGCGUCAACGUGGGAAGCAGUACGGACAAGGAGAAGACAGAGGUGGCGUGUGUGCAUACGGAGAUUGCCAGCUCAAACAAAGGGUUCAAGAUGUUGAGCAAGCUUGGGUGGCAGAAGGGCAAUACCCUGGGAAAGACCAACGCCAGUGCAGGCUUACUGACACCGAUUAAUGUGGUGGCCAACGAGGGAACCAGCGGCUUAGGGAGGGGUGAAACUAUCAGCGCUUCCAGGCCCGUGGAAAAACGGAAGAUGGCCAAUUUAAAGAUUACCCAGGCUCGCUAUCAGCGGGCCAACGACAUAUUCGAACUGUCCGGCGAGAGCGAUUGAAAGGCCUUUACUUUUAAGAUGGAAACACAUUUAAUUAACAAUUGCUCAAACAUAUGCAUAGGUAUGUGUGGAUUAUGUGUGCAUAUACUUAUUGAUUUACAUUUAUGUAUGUAUUUAUGUAUAUGUGUAUAGUAUUAAUUAAAAAUCUUUCUAUACGGUUAAGCUAUCAGUCAAUUAAUUAAAUUAGCUUCGAUUUUAAAAAAAAGUAGAAAAUGGUAAUGUUAAAUAAAUAUGACGUCGGUCGGCUACGCGUGUGGCUAAACUAAAUGCGAGUGAAUUGCGCACGAAAA